CACCUUUCCUCCGGGGGCGGGGCAAACGGGGCCCAAAAUGGCGGCCAGCCGGUACCGGCGCUUCCUUAAGCUCUGUGAGGAGUGGCCCGUGGACGAGACCAAACAGGGCCGGGACUUGGGCACUUACCUGCGGCAGCGGGUAGCACAGGCCUUUCGGGAGGGAGAGAACACGCAGGUUGCAGAGCCUGAGGCCUGUGAUCAGAUGUAUGAGAGCUUAGCACGACUCCAUUCAAACUACUACAAACACAAGUAUCCUCGCCCCAGAGACACCAGCUUUAGUGGCCUGUCCGUGGAAGAAUACAAGCUGAUCCUGUCCUCAGACACCUUGGCAGAGAUAAAGGACAUGAAUAAAGCCACGUGGAAGAAGCUGCAGGACAAGUUUGCCCCUAAGGGGUCUGAGGAGAAGCAUAAAGCCUGGGCUCGGGUUUUAUCUCGUCCACAUACCUAAGUGGACUCUUGUAGGUUGCUUUCAUCAAUAAAACCACUGGCUUUCCCCA